AUGUCGCAAAGUAAUGUGUCACCGGUACUUGAACAGCUCCAGCAGUUGAUCAUCUCCGAUGAAUGGGUCGGUAGAGAUACACCACCAAGUGGCCAUCCUCAGCUAUCGAAAACUCGCUCACGGGAAAAUCAGCGCUUAUCCGAUCUUGGAAGAACAUUGGUCACUUCAUCUUCACUCAAGGCUUACAUUGACUUAUUAAACAGUCACCAUAGACAGAGUAUCGCAUCAUGGCUCUAUGGGAACACUAGUCAGGCUCUUAGUCAGCAGUUCAGAUUUCCAGAAUCAAAUAUUCAUUGCUCAGAACCAGAGGCAACAUUAGCUCUGUCAGUCAGGAAUGGAAUAGGUUGGUUUGUCUGCGUGCUUUAUUCAUAUUUGGACACCUAUGGUAGUGACUACAUGACCAAAGGAUGGAAAGCUUUCGUGGAAAAGGGUGCCCCAGUGGUAUAUGUGACACCAGCGCUUCACAUGGAUCUCGCUCCAUACAUCGCAUCGGAAUUUGGCAUCUCCGAUGUCAUACUGUUGCCAAAAUUGGAAGGAGACAUGAGCGAAAUCGAAGGACGAAUUGACCAUCAUGCCUUUGAACGAAUUCUCGAAGAGGAUGUGGCCGCUGGUCGUACACCGCUAUUAGUGAUAACGGUUGUUGGCUCAACGAUUCUUGGUCAGAAUGACAUGGUCUCGAAAUUGCUCGAAAUACGGAAGAAGCAUCGUUUCUGGCUGCAUACAGUUGGACAGGCAGUGGCAGCUUUGACACUUCGUGAGCCGACGGAAGUUUUGGUGCAUGUACUUACCCAAGUGGACAGCGUUACCCUCCCUCUGGCUCUUUGGUUAGGUGUUCCGGCGGCACCUGUUGUGACCCUAUACAGAACAGUUGAAGGACAUAAACCGUCUUACCGUGAAAAACUGGACACCUUACCAUGGUGGGUAGUCACGCAAACGCUGACUAGCAAAGGAAUCUCUGACACCAUCGAGAACGCAUACUUACUAUGUAAAGUGAUGCUGAAAGGCCUCUCAUCAUUCCCCCAGAUUGAAGUAGUUGGAAUGGAAAAUGCAGCCGAGUUUGUUACUAGAGUUUAUAAGAACCAGUAUACUGCCCCGACAGUACUCAUUUUCAAGUACCGUUACAACGCUGCAAAGGAAGCUCUACGAGAAUUAACCCAAAAGUCCGAUACCGAGGCCACAAAGGAGGCCAUUGCUGAAGCUGAAAAACGUCUUCGUGACGAAUCGGAAUAUGGGGAUUCGCUAAAUUCUUGGCUCGGGCAAGGUGUCGUGGGAGAAUGCCAAUCAUUAGGAAUUCACAUGAUCGAACUUGGUGGCACUUAUGGAACCGCAUUCCGCUUCUGCCCUCUGGAACAUGCUGCAGCCCUCUCGUCUCACGUUGACCAUGUCCAACAGUUCAUACGACUCCUCGGUGGCGUACUGAAGAUCGUUGACUCAACGGUGGCUGCCAGGGAGAACUUUGAAAAGCUGAAGAGCGAAUAUCCCUCUCUGGUCGUGGUCCCCGUACACAAAUGGGCUGGCGUUGGAGCUGUUUGUUAUGUUCCGUCAAUUGUCAAUAAUAAAUCACCAUCUGAAUGGGAUGACAAGGAAAAACAACAGGUAUCCCACAUGAACUUGGAACUCGUCCAUCAACUACGUUCCGUUGACUCGGCUUUCUCUGCUGGAGAAAGUUCGACUCGUGGUGUGACUUGUGUGAAGUUUGGAAUGCUGUCCGAUGCAAAGGAUUUGGCCGAUCUAUUGAAAAUGGUUGCUGAGAAAGGAGCCGAAAUUGAAACAAACCAACAGUAUCUGGACAGUCUAGCAGAGCUGAUCCGCCAAGGAAUCGAAGCUGCCAACGAAGAUCUCAAGAAAGAAAACGAUCUUCGUCUUCAGCAAGAGGGAGUAAUUCGACAGUUACCGAUCAUGGGCUCAUUAGUGAAUUGGUGGUCUCCAAUUGAAAAAGAUGGACGUGUUCGUGGACGGUUUUUCAAUUUGAAUACUGGUGAAAUUCAAACAACUGACGUCAUCUACAAACAUAAAAAAGAUUCCAUAGCUACGAGUCAUGGCGGAAAUCCAAAGGCUUCACCAGCAGUUGCCAACGGUGAGAAAGAAACGAAAGCCACCACAACUGAAGCUGUAGAACCAAAGACGCCAAAGCCAACAGUCGAACAACCAAAGUCAAACGAGGACAAGUAG